GCGCAAAGUUUAACCUUCACUGUCAUUGAACAGUUUAAAUACCGACUUAAUUCGGUUUUUAUCACAUUCAUGAAGAAUUACUGUAAAUAGUUAAAGAAAAAACGCAAAAACCUAUCGGAUUUAAUUCACAACAUUACAACAGCCAUGGCUUCACUAAAGUCUACAAUCGUCCCAACCACCCCCUACUCGGACCAGAAGCCGGGAACCAGCGGUCUGAGGAAAAAAGUCAAGGUGUUCCAACAGGAGCACUACACCGAGAACUUCAUCCAGUGCAUUUUCGACGCUCUUGGCACCAAAGCCCAUAAUUCCACUUUAAUUGUUGGUGGUGACGGACGUUAUUAUCUCAAGGAAGCUAUUUCGCAUAUCAUUAGAAUUGCAGCAGCUAAUCAGGUCUCCAAAUUGAUAAUUGGAGAAAAUGGUAUCCUCUCAACUCCAGCAGUUUCAAAUCUAAUCAGAAAAAACAAAGUAACAGGUGGCAUCCUGCUCACUGCUUCCCACAACCCUGGUGGCAUCAACAACGACUUCGGCAUCAAGUACAACUGCGAGAAUGGCGGCCCCGCCCCCGACGCCGUCACCAACAACAUCUUCGAGCUGAGCAAGAAAAUCACCCAGUUCAAAUACGUCCCCGAUUUAACAACCUGCGGAUUAAUAGACAAACUUGGCGUCCACAAAUUCACUGUCGACGAUCGUGAAUUCACAGUGGAAGUAAUCGAUUCGGUUCAGGCUUACGUGGAUUUAAUGAAAGAGAUUUUCGAUUUUGGGGCCAUCAGGAGCUUGAUACAAGGCGAUGAGAAACACGCACCAUUUAACGUUCUGAUCGACUCCAUGCACGGCGUGACUGGCAGAUAUGUAAACAAAAUAUUCGUGGACGAGCUGGGCGCCGACGCCAACAAAAACGUGACGCGUACCAACACGCUAGAGGACUUCGGCGGCGGCCACCCCGACCCCAACUUGACCUACGCCAAGUCUCUCGUCGACACCCUGAAGGCCAACCCAACAUACGAUCUGGGCGCCGCUUUUGACGGCGACGGCGACCGAAACAUGAUACUCGGCAAAUCGGCGUUCUUCGUCACGCCCUCCGACAGUCUCGCCGUUAUUGCCAACAACACUCAAUGCAUCCCGUACUUCCGCAAGCACGGCGUUAACGGAUUCGCACGAUCCAUGCCGACGGCCGGGGCUGUCGACCGAGUGGCCCUGAAGUUGGGCAAGGAGUUCUUCGAGACGCCCACCGGCUGGAAGUACUUCGGUAAUCUGAUGGACGCCGGCAGGAUGUCGUUGUGCGGCGAGGAGAGCUUCGGCACCGGUUCGGAUCACAUUCGGGAGAAGGACGGUGUGUGGGCGGUGCUUGCCUGGCUGCAGAUUAUCGCUGCCAAGAGGAUGGGAGUUGAAGGAAUAUUGAACGAGCACUGGUGCACGUACGGCAGGAACUACUUCACCCGGUACGAUUAUGAGGAGUGCGAGAGCAAAGGGGCUAACGAUAUGAUGGAGACUUUGGAGGCUAAACUCGGCGAGUUGCCCGGACAAGUCUUGAGUUCCGGAGGCAAAAGCUACACCGUCAGCGUAGCUGACAACUUCUGUUAUAAGGAUCCAAUUGAUUGUAGUGUUGCCAAAAAUCAAGGAAUCAGAGUAUUGUUCGAGGAUGGGUCAAGAUUGGUUUACAGACUGUCAGGUACUGGAAGCAGUGGUGCUACAAUAAGAUUAUAUGUUGAUAGCUACGAAAAGAGCGAUUUCAAGGAGUCUGCACAGGUUAUUCUAAAACCAUUGGUUGAUAUAGCUCUGCAGCUCUCUCAGUUGGAAAAAUUCACUGGCAGGAAGGAGCCAACUGUUAUCACAUAAAUUGUUAAGUUUUUGUAAAUAUGUUAUGUUUUAUUUUAAAAUAUAUAUUUUUGUUACUUUAAUUUUUGUUGUACGUUUGAAUUAUCCGCCAAAAAUAAACAGAU